AUGCGAGAGGUGGUUCUUAAGAAAGGGAAUCGGAAGUUCUUAGAUCUCUUUUGGGACAUUGCAAGUCCUGAGGUCAAUAAAAGGGAUGCAGCUAUCGUUCUGCAGGAUAUUCAAGAACAUAUUUCCUACACACUCGAUCGACUCUCCAAGGGACUUCGUUCGUCAUCUCCUGCGUCGAAGGCAGGUUUUUUAUCUGCUCUGGUCUCAAUUCUUCAAGACAAUGAGGAUAUCUCUACGAAAGCCCUUUUCUCAGCCCUCGAAAAGAAUGUGUUUUCGUUCAAAGCUCAUGACGCGAGGGAGUUGGUGGCCGCUAAUUUGGCUAAAAUUGAUUGUUUAGCUAUGCUUUACCGAUCAGGAAGACUCUCUGAUUUGGACAAUGAAGAGCACAAAAGGAUUGCUUCUGUCCUGACACCUUUAGCAAAGGUUGAGACAUGCCUUCAGCCGAUGGCAUCAGUCGUAUCUCAAGUGGCUCCCCACUUAGAUCAUACAUCCAUAAUCUUCUACGAAGACUUAAUUUCCCAGUUAUGGGACCUUUCUUGGAAAGCGGAGGAACCCACAGCUAGCCAAAUUCUCUUUAUUUUGCGUCUCCAAGAUCAUCCACAAGUUAUGUCGGUGGUUCAAAAUAAUCUCAGGCUUGAGACCGAGAGCAAGUCUGUUAUUAAACGAAUUUUCAAUGCAGUUAAGGCCUGCAACCAAGCCUCAGAUCGGGAAGUAGCAGCUGAAUUAGUCGCCCAGUUCAGAUCUUCAUCGAUUUUCAAUAAGCUUUGGGCGCGAAUUUCAACACCAAUCGACAGGCCAGAGUCUCCAGUAUCUCAGCGUUUGUGUAUUCUGAAGAUGGCGUUAAUUUUGCUGUCGAAACUCCAGACUGAUGAACAGUUUAAGGUCGUCGUUACUCCCACUUUCUUGGCCUUCCUUGGAAAGCAACUUUCCAAUCCAAAGUUAUCCAGCCAUGAGGACAUCUGUCGAGCCGUGAAUAGUCUUCUUUCCCAUUUCAAGAACCGGGUUCUUGAGGAAGAUUCCAUACUGGAAAAUAACAAUGAUUGCAGAUUUAGUUCUCCAAACGAGUCCGUCAUCUAUGCAUCUCAUUUAUUUGCCAAUAUUGCUAAUCAGGCACCCCUCUUUGACUCGACUCUUGCUCCCAAGGCGCCUCAUCUUUUAUCCCUCCUUUUAGACUGCUCAUCUGCUGCCCUUAGCGAGGAGUACCUUUGUGAAUGGUCACAGAACCUUCAAAGCCUUUUUGUUGCCAUCAGAGACGAUUCGACUACCACCAUCGGUACAGUUGACAGAAAACGUCUACACAUUCUGGAGCUCCUUCGUUCGAUUGUCUUCAUCAUUAUAACGCGUGCUAACACCACUAGCAAUCUGGAUUCUCUUUGUGAAGUUCUCGACUUCCUCCUUCUCGUCGCAAACAGUGGCGCUGUUCCUCUGAAGGCUGCUGAGGUCGCAAUAACGUCGGCGGUUGCUGUAGCUUCGUUAACGCAGUUGGGAAGGUGCUUAACACUAUUGGUUCGACGUGUUCCUCUGCGGACAGAAAUGAGGAUCUCACAGAGUACAAAGCCUUGCAAACAGGCGAUGGAAAUAUUGAUAAAAAUCAUGCAGCAUCUCUUGGAAACGGGCGUGAAAAUAUGCUCCGAAGGGCUAAAAGAUGGUGUUGAGUUGUUGGAACGAUUUGAAAAAGCGCAGGCGAUGUUAAAUGAUGAUGAGGGAGAUGAUGAUGUUGUGGAGCAGUGGAUAGGCAUUUUAUAUGCAUCUACGACGAUUUAUGCUCUUACCUUGCAUUCUGGUAGGUCGUCACUUUAUUUCUAUGUGAAUUAG